AUGCCACCUCGUCGUCGUAUGUCGAAUUUGAACGUGAACGAGAACGAAAGGGGAGCAAACCCAAGUGCUUUUGAAGUGCUACGAGCAGCAGCUCAUCAGUUAAUAGACGAUCUCGCGCAAAAUCCGGUGGGUCGCCAACGCAACUUUAAUGAAGGAGGUGGUAGCAUAGAACAGUUCAAUCGGAUGCACCCCCCUUCAUUUGAUGGCAAAGGCGGACCCACCCUAGUUGAAGAUUGGGUGCAAGAUAUUGAAGAGAUAUUGCGGGUGUUAACCUACACAGAUGAACAAAAGGUGGCAUAUGCAACAUUCAAACUGACCGGUGAGGCAAAAAGAUGGUGGAUCUCAGAAAGAACUAUCCGAGAAGCAGGCGGAACAGAAAUAGUCAGUUGGCCACAUUUUAAGCAGAUUUUUCUUGAGCGAUUUUUCCCAAGCUCGGCUCGAGAGGACAAGGCAAUGGAAUUUGCCACUCUGGUGCAGGGAUCCAUGACGGUACACCAAUAUGCAGCUAAAUUCAUUAAAUUAUCCCAUUUUGCUGCGUAUCUGAUUCCUGACGAAGAAAAGAAAGCGUGUAAAUUCGAACAAGGGCUAAAUGAAAAACUUUAUGAACGAGUAGUGGGCUUCCAGAUUCGGAAUUUCUCAGAAUUGGUGGAUAAGGCUACAGUUUUUGAGCGAAGCCUUCAAAGGAGCGUUGCAUUGCACGAUCAGAGGAAGAUGACUAUUUCAUCGGGGCCUCAUUCUGGUAUGGACCAAGGAUCGUGGAAAAAGAGAAAUGAUGGUAGUAGCUCGGGAAAAAGGAUGGUUCAGGGCACCCAACAAGCAUAUCAAUGUAGAACUUGCAACCGAGUACAUACUCAGGAAGGAAACGGGACUAUGCUACCGUUGUGGCAAAUCGGGCCAUUAUCUCAGGGACUGCUCUUUGCGAUUGGAUAG